ACCAUGUUCCCAACAUUUAUUGAGUACAGGUCACUCAGUUGUAGAGCAGGCAGCACGCUUUUGUGGAACAAAGUUGGUCUCAUGAUCUUCAGCGGUGUUUGUUGCCGCUGAUGGAUUGUGGUUGCUUUGAAGACUGGUUGACUGACAGCACAAACCCUGAACCUGACCUUUCCCACAGGAGAAUGCAUUUAUGAAGAUUACACAAUGGACAAAUAACAAGUAGUUGACACAAGUGAGAACUUUUUUUCACCUUUUUUUUUGCUUCAAAUGGAUGAAUGGGUAUUUCUACACCGAAUCAUCAACCUGCAAUUAUCAAUCGAUGUCUGAGUGAGGUCACCUGUACUUUCUCAUGUCAGGUAUUUGACCAAAAGAGACAUGUCCAAUGACAGCUGCAACCUCCCCUUGAACACGGACACGUUUGGCCUGACCUGUAUCUAUGGCCUGAUCUUCUCUUUGGGUCUCCCGAGCAACCUGCUGUCUCUCUGGGGACUGUACCAUAUGGGCCGCUCCGGUGCGGGAGGCUGCCAGCUGGUCUACAUCCUUAACCUACUGCUGUCAGAUCUCCUCCAACUACUUACCCUGCCACUGUGGAUCCUUUACCUACAGGGUGGACACCGCUGGCCCUAUGGCCAGUUGACCUGUGAGCUGGUGGGCUAUGUGUUUUAUGUAAAUGUCUAUGCCAGCGUCAUGUUUCUGUGCCUGAUAGCGCUGGACCGCUGCCUUGCCAUAGUGUACCCACUGAGCAGCCGCAGGGUGAGAACUGUCAGGGUGGCAGCAGUGUCAGGAGUGGCAGUGUGGAGUCUCACAUUUCUGUUCUGCCUGUGUGGGCUGUUACCAUCAGUCUUUGACCCAGACAGACUACUGUGUCUGGAGCAGUACCCUGUCAGCCCCAGAUAUGCCCACUUCAAGAUCACCACGGUGGGUCUCGGCUUCCUGCUGCCAUGUUCCAUACUAGGUUACACCUCAGCCCAUAUUGGGGUAACACUCCAACGAUCUCCCUCCCUCUCUGACCAUGAGCGGCACAAGAUUGUGGGGAUCCUGGUUGUGAUCACUGUCAAUUUUAUUGUUGUGUUUGGACCUUAUCACUGUGUGGGUGGAUACAGGUUUGUGUCCUUGCUGCUGACUGAUGAGCCAUGUGGAUUGGAGCGUUCCAUUUUCCUCAUCUAUCGCCUGUGCUACGGUCUGACGAGCCUCAACACCCUGCUGGACCCUCUUUUCUACAUCUUCCUGUGCCCUGAUGCUCGACUAGAACUGCAAAGGUCCCUGCCCUGUUUACGAAGGGGCCAAAACACCCGCAAAAAGAUGGUCUUCAGUACCAGAGCUCAGACAGACACCCAGAGAGAGAGAGUGAAACUGGACAUAAUAAUCUUCUAGCAAUAUAAAUUGGAUCACAUCACAGAUCCUACUGUUAUCAUUUAGACAAAGCAAUUGUGCCACCCAGUGGAAAAGCCUGUGGAGUUCAUGAUUGCAAA